UCUCGCUUAUCAUUUCCGGUGCUGGAACGGUUGUGGCUGGCAGGACCCUUGGGACUGAUUGACACUUCCUGCUGAUUUUUACGUGGACGACAACAUGGUGCUCCUUGAAAAUGAUGCGUUUCUCAGCGAACUCACUCGGUUAUUUCAGAAAGGUCGAUCAUCUGGCUCUGUAAUGCUGACGAUGAAGAGAUAUGAUGGUAGAACCAAACCAGAGCCAAGGAAAGGGAAACUUCCAGAGCCGAGUGAAUAUAAAUGUUUGAUCAGAGCAAAUUUAGGAAACAAGAAAAUCACAACAGUUGUAAAUCCAAAAGAUGUAAAUAAGUUCCACAUGGCUUAUACCAAUGUACUGAAAGGUAAUAUGGAUGGACUGAAGAAAAAGGACAAAAAGUCUGCAGCCAAGGGCAAAGCAAAAGCCACCCAGUGAUCUUUAAAAACACAAACGGUUGGUUUGGGGAAGCCAGUCUCGGACUUUACAAGGAUGGCCAGACUCAGAAAUACAUGAUCUAUAAGGAGUUUCAGGCUAUUGUGUGGGUACUAGCUACCAAAGGUUGACAAGAACCAGGAAACAUCUAGUCUAACUUUGAUCAUCAAUUUAAACAUUUGAUAUGUAACGUUUUUUUGAGGCUGGAGCCAAGUGAUGUGAGAAAAAGUCGUUCAUUUCAUCUUGGAAAAGGACUGGUUAACUCAAAUGUUGAAAGGGUUUCUGAGGAACAAGAAGAUCAUGGACUGCAUGUGACCCAAGACCAGUUGUAUCUUUAAUUUUCUUCCAUUCUUCUUAAUCUUAGACCAUCACACUUAAGGAAAACUUCUGUAUGGUAUUUAUAUUUGUCCAAUCAUGUUUUUCUGAAGAUUGAUGUUAUUGCAGUGGAAACCAAACUAAGAUGUUUUCCUUAAAAAAAGCUUGAGUUCUUUAUUGAAGUAUAAAUCUGUGAGAUGAAUUAAUGAAAUGAUUGUUAUCGGGAAUCUAACAGAGGUAUUUUCUCUGAGCAGAUCUCCAGUUCUUUAAGUAUAAAUCUGUGUGAGAUGUGUGGCCUGUUCAGUGUUAUGGUAGUAAAAAAAAGUGUAUAUUAGAUUUGGAGGAAAUUGCUGUGUGAAGUUUAGAUGGAAAUAGGGUUUAUGUGUUGUGUAUGAACUGAUAUGUGUACCAUGGAGAGAAAUGUCACUACCUUAAGUAGGUUAUCUUAAAUUUCCUUGUUCUCCUUUGUUUACAUAAAUUGAUGUGUUAUUAAUUAUUAUUUUCUGUCUACUUGUAUGUAAACAUACAGCUGAGGCAGAGUUUACUGAAAACAAAUAAUACCAAAUCUCUUACGGUCUUUUCCAUACCUUGUCCACAUGAGCUAUUUGUGUUUACAUAUUUAAAAGUUGGUAUGUUAUGAGUGUCAUACGUAUACUAUGGUGAUUACCCCCAGUAAGAAGACCGGAAUGGUAAUAAUAGCCACCAUCAAGCUUUCAUAAUGAACAUUAAAUUAUAAUGUUGAAGUUUUUCAUAUUCCAAACUUUUAAUGUCUUUUUAUGUGUAGGACCAAUUCAUGAUGUGAUUAUUAGCACUAGCCAUAGAUGAUAGGUCAUGUUUAAGUUGAAGUUUAUCCAUUAUAAGAAUAGUACCCCAAUCAAAUCAAAACUUUGAGUAUCUCUGGUUGACGUUGUAUCACAGCUUGUGUGUAGAGUGAUGGGCCCAGCAUUGAAAUUUGUCCCUUAUUUUCUGUUUAGCAGUAAAUGUAGUAGAAUACUGUCAAUCUAUUGUAUUAGUAAGGAUUAGUAAGUAAGAGCUGUCCAUUUAUGCAGCUACAUUGACUGUUGUAAUGAUGACUCUUAAACUUUGUAAUACGGUGAAAGUUGACAAUAAAACAAUGUAAUUUGU